AUGAGUCGUCCACCUGCAGACGCUCGCUCUGUUAGCUCCAGUCUCUCGAGGGACUCGGACGAGUCUGACAUCCUCUUCUUUCCCACCAGCUCGUCAGCUCGCAACUCUGCCGACGCAGCCCCGGCGAAGCACUCUUCCGACACAAUACGUGCAUCAGGAGCACCAUUGCCACCAUCGCAACUGCACAACCAAGUCAAGCACCAUGAUCAGGAAGACGCACUUGAUGCGGAAUCGCAGCCACUCACGAGCAACCAGCAAAGCGGGCGGUCGAGUCCAUAUCACGAUGAUGUUACACCUUCCACGGGCCAUCGUACGCCAUCGAGCACCUUUGGGCAUACACUCAACCCGGGCGCAUAUUGGAGACUAGCAGAACAGGCGUCGACCAUCCCCUCCACACGAUCUCUAGAAAGGCAACAAGGUGGCACGCUCAAAGAGCGACGAGAUGCGUACUGGAAAGCAUCCGUCGUCAACGUCCUCCUCAUCCUCAGCUGGUACACCUUUUCCACCCUCAUCUCGGUCUACAACAAAUGGAUGUUUUCUACCGACAAGAAAAACUUUUCCUUCCCGCUAUUCGUCACCAGCUUCCAUAUGCUCAUGCAGUUCGUCCUCAGCAGCUCCGCCAUGAAGCUCUUCCCGCAGCUCGUCCCCCGCAAACCCAACGGCACAGCCUCCAGACCCUCGGGAACCGACUGGGCGUCCAAAGUCGUACCCUGCGCCCUCGCAACCGCGCUCGACAUCGGCCUCUCCAACACGAGUCUCAAAACCAUCACACUCACCUUCUACACCAUGUGCAAGAGCUCCAACCUCGCAUUUGUCCUCUUCUUCGCCUUCAUCUUCCGACUCGAAGUGAUCCGAUGGAGUCUCAUCGGUAUCAUCUCGCUGAUCACCGUAGGUGUGGUGAUGAUGGUCGCGGCGGAGACCAAGUUCGUCCUGGUUGGAGCAAUACAGGUCCUCUCAGCUUCGGCGUUGGGUGGGUUGAGGUGGGCCUUGACGCAGAUGUUGCUGGACAGAGACGAGAUGGGGAUGAACAAUCCCAUCGCCACCAUCUUUUGGCUUGCACCUGUCAUGGGGGUCUCGCUCAUCUCGCUCUCGGCGAUCUUUGAAUCGUGGCAUGCGAUCUUUGCUGCCAAGUUCGGGCACUUCGAUACCUUGCCACACGCUCUCAAGACGAUUGGACUGAUCGCUGCGCCAGGCUUCUUGGCGUUCGGAAUGAACCUUGCCGAGUUUGCGCUGAUCAAGCGGACGAGUGUAGUGACGCUCAGCGUAGCAGGCAUCUUCAAGGAGGUUUUGACGAUCGCCCUUGCAAGUAGCGUUUUCGGCGACGAACUGACUCCGAUCAACGUCACCGGUCUCUGCAUCACCAUCCUAGGCAUCGCUCUGUACAACUACCUCAAGUACAGGUUGAUCACGAGGGGAGCCGAUUCGAUAGGACAGGAGAUUUCCGGGCUCAACGAGUUGGGCGAAAGCAUUCGUAGUCGAGCCAGCUCGAUCUUCCGUGGCGGUGCGGCAUCCGGUAACGCUCGCGGCGGCAGCGGUGGUGGUGCGGGUAGAGCCAACGGAUACGAACAUAUUGGUGGAAACCACGUGGAUGACGAAGACGGUCUGCUCUUCGAUGCGGAACAGGAGCGUGGUGGGAAAGGCGUGAGACGCAAGAACACUGGAGAAUCGGACGCUUUGGAGCUGGACACGCAACGUGUCAGUCAGGAGAUCAUCUCGAAACCUUAUACUCCACCUAUGACGGAAGAGGAGAGGCAAAGAGAGAGCGAGAGGUUGAGGAAGAUCGAGGAGGAAGCGGAUCUGGAUGGAUGGGGCACUUCGGGUGAAAGGAUAACGGGACAAGGGUUGGUGGAGGAGCAUCAUCAUUCAAGGUUUCGGUAG